AUGGUUCUGUUAAAAAGUUCGCCGCCUCCUAACGAGGGUGUUCGGCACCAGCAGGCCGAGACAGCAGCGGUUCUAGACGGGAAGGAACUCGGAACAGGAACCCUCUACGUCGCCGAAUCCCGUCUGUCUUGGUUCAAUGGGUCAGGGAUGGGCUUUUCGCUGGAGUACCCCUCCAUCAGCCUCCACGCAAUCUCUCGAGACCUAAGCGCUUACCCUCGAGAGCACCUGUACGUGAUGGUCAACAAAAAGCUUGAUGAUGAAAACGAAGCUGAGAUGCAGGAGCGAGCUCCAGAUGAUGAAGAAGAGAGUGACGAUGACAGCGAAGAUGGGGUCAUCACAGAGGUCCGAUUUGUUCCCGGUGAUAAAGCAGCUUUGGAGUCCAUGUUUUCUGCCAUGUGUGACUGCCAGGCUUUACACCCGGACCCAGAGGACGCAGAGUCAGACGAUGAUUUUGAAGGGGAGGAGUAUGAUGUGGAGGAGGCAGAGCAAAGCCAUGGAGAUAUACCCACAUUUUACACCUAUGAGGAGGGUUUAUCACAGCUGACAGCUGAAGGCCAAGCCACCUUGGAGAGGCUGGAGGGGAUGCUGGCCCAGUCUGUGGCCGAACAGUUCCACAUGGCCGGGGUUAGGACUGAUGAACCGUCGGCUGAAUUUGAAGACGGAAUGGAAGUUGACCCAAAUUCUGCAGAAGCUGGACAGUUUGACGAUGCUGAUGUUGAUCACUGAUGGAGCGCAAGCCUCCGACACUAGCUGAAGCACUUCAGGGCCACAGAGUGAUACUGACUCUGUUCACCAGGCUCUUCCGCACUGCCCUGUGCCCUCAGUGGAACUCUCUGGGCUGUUGUUUACCAAAGCCCACGUUUCCCCAGCUCUAAUACACCAUUUCUGUUUCUGAUGUUGUGUUUUGUACUUAAGACCAAAUUAUAUCAGUUCUCCAAAAGGAAGUGCUAUUUGUAUGAAAUAUUAGGAAAUAAAAUAGUUUUUGUACAAAGCAUUUGUCCAUAGUGUCUCAGUCUCCCCACAGAACAAUAUGUCCCUUUUGUGUGUUUUAAAGGCAACGAUUAUAUAUUGAAGCGUGACUCAGAGAACUUUGCGUGGUUAAAUGGUUCUUCUCUGAUACAGAAACUGCUGUAUACGGUCCUUUAAAGAACCUUUGGUACUAUAUUCCUUUUUAAACUGGUUUCUGUUCCAAAUGGGCUGCUUAGAUCAGCACUGGCUAAAAAUGCUCAGACUAUUUUUAGGACCUGUGAUAUUGGGACAGAGAUGAUGACAGACUUUCUUGUAGAUCCCCACUUUCUUCCUCAAGCUGC